AUGAAUUAAGACACAACAAAUGUCAUUUUGGUUGUUAUUACAAACAAAACUAAUAAGACAUUAAGUCAUGAUAAAUAUUUUAAAAUAUUUAGUCCAUUUGGUACAAUACAAAGAGUAAAGAUUACAUUUAUUCUUACUUUUAGAUGUUAAUCUUUGAAAGAUCAUUAACUUGGAAAACAUUUAUAGAAUUUGAAUUUCCUGAAUCAGCCAACAAAGCAAGAUAAAUCAUGAAUGAUUAACUAUUUUGUGAUGAUCCACAAUUACCAAUGAAUGUCUAUGCUAGCAAACUUACUUACAUUACAUUCUAAGAAAAUAACACUGGUGGCAUUGGUAUUGCCAUAAAUUUACUUUAGAUUACACAUAAUUAAGAAAAUCAUAGUAGCCAUCAUCUAAAUCAUAAUAGUAAUAGAUGCCAAUUUAGUUGUUAUAAUCGCAAAUGCAAUUUUAAAAUUAAAUGUCUUAACAAAUUUCAUAAAUUAAUUAAAUAAUGGGAUAACUUCAAUAAGUAUGUGCUGAAGGCUUUUCCAUUCCUACUGUGUCAUCCAUUGAUCUUUAAUCUCAAAUUGAAAAAUAGUAAUAAUUUCUUAAUUAGAUAUAUGAUUAUUAAACCAAUUUCUAACACUUAACUGAUCAAUAUCAAAAUUUUCUACAUGGAGUCAAUAAAUCUGAUGAUCCAUAAUCAAUAAAUGUUUAAUCAAAAUAAUCAAACAGAAAAAAAUUGACAUUACCAGCUGAAUAAUAAAAUAAAAAUGAUUAAAUAGAAUUUUUGUAAAGUUAUCAAGAGAACAAUAAUGCAGAUACUCUCUGUGAUUGCCAUGAAGAUGAUUUAAAUUUUCAAGGCUUAGGUUUGAGAGAAUCAGAUGAUGAUAUUAUAGGUUCUGAAAAUGAAAAUGAAAAUGAUAAGGAAGAAGAAGAAGAAGAAGAAGAAGAGGAAGAACAAAAUGAAUUCUUACAAUAUUUUGAUUAAACUUCGGAAAAUAAAAAUUAAUUCAACAAUUUUCAAUAGGCUUUCGAAAAACCAUAUCAAAUUUAACAAAUAUAAUCUGUGUAGUAGCCAUAUCUAUCAUCUUAAACAUCUUAUAAAUCUAAUUCGGAUCAGUUUAAAAAUAAAAUUAUAAGAAUGCCAGUCUCAAAGAGUGUAACCUUAUAAUAAGUAGACAAAUUACAAUUUGAUAAAAUGCAAUAAAGUGCUGAUAAAGUGGAUGAGUUCUCGAAUUAUAAAUAACUUUAAUGUAUUAUUAAUAUUAAAUCAUAUAGAAACAAAAAAAUCAAAAGUUAUCUACGCUAGAUGGUUUGAUAAAAAAGUUGUUACUUCGCAAAUGUUAUAUAAUUUAUUUAGUAUCUAUGGUAAUAUAGAUAAAAUGAUCUAUCUAAAAGAAAGAUCAAGUGCUUUAAUAUAGUAUAUGACAUAUGAUUAUGCAGCUAUUGCCAAAGAAUCUCUCAAUGAUAUCAUGUUUUAUGGACAAUCAAUUAAAGUAUCUUAUAUUAAUUAAAUAAGAUCUUUUUCUCAAAUUAUGAUGAAAUAUCUUUGAAAACUUAACCUAGCAAGCCUGGUGAGUAUACUUAAGAUCUUAAAGCAUAAGAAGAAUAUUUUUAAGGAGGAGAAGAAACUCAUCGAAUUAAACCUGAUAGCACUUAUACUCUAGCACCUCCAUGUGACACUAUCUAAAUAUCUAACUUAACUAGGAAUUCUUGCUAAUUAAAUUUACUUUAAUAAUAUUUACAAGAGUAUGGAUUCAUCAAAUAAUCCAAAAUCAUAACAAAUGCUAUGAAAUACAUGGCCAUACUCAGAUUUGCAAGCACUGAAAUAGCUCUUACAGUUUUAGUUAAAAAUAAUGGACUGGAAUUAGAUGGAAAAUCUAUCUAAAUAAAUUUCUCAAAAUAAAAACUAAUCUGA